CCUGGUUCACGUGACACGGGCCAACAUGGCGGCGCCCAUGGGACCGGAAGCGGAAGUGGCUCGGCAGAGGCGCCGCGGAGCAGCUGCGACGCUGGCGGGGCCCGGGGGCCCUCCUGAGCCCCCUCCCCACCAUGUUCCUGCUGCCCUGCUCUGCCCUCGCCCUCCUCCUUCUCACCUGCCUGGCUCUGGAGCCGGCCCCGCGCCGGCCCCCGCCCUCCAACCCCGCGUUCCGCGGCUUCCAGCGGCGCUUCCUGCUGGGCUAUCUGCCGGCGCUGGCCGCCGACUGGCUGCAGGGCCCGCUGCUCUUCCAGCUGCUGCACAGCCGCGGCUUCCUGCGCAGCCAGAUCGCCGCCCUCUACUCCUGCGGCUUCGCCUCCAACGUCGCCUUCGGCCUCGUGUCCGGGGUGUUUGUGGAUCGGCUGGGCCGGAAGAAGUCCUGUGUGCUGUCCUCGGGGCUGUGCUCCGUGUCCUGCCUGCUGCAGCUCUCGCACGAUUUCCUGGCCCUGGCGGCCGCCCGGGUCCUGGCGGGAUUCGGCACCUCGCUGCUCUUCUCGGCCUUUGAGUCCUGGUACCUCCACGAGCACCUGGAGCGCCACGACUUCCCUGCCGAGUGGAUUCCCGACACCUUCUCGCGCGUGGCGCUCUGGAACAGCGGCCUGGCCGUGGCAGCCGGCCUGCUGGCCUGGCUGCUGGCCGAGGUGCUGCCGCUGGGCCCCGCAGCCCCGUUCCUGGCGGCGCUGCCCUUCCUGGCUCUCUCGGGGAUCUUCGCUGCGAAAAACUGGGAUGAGAACUACGGCAAGAGCCGGCCCUGCGGGAAGGCCUGCGGGGAAGGCCUUCGGGGCCUCGUGUCCGAGCCCCGGGCGCUGCUCCUGGGGCUGGUCCAGGCUCUGGUGGAGAGCAUCCUGCUCAUCUUCGCCUUCCUUUGGACGCCCGUGCUGGAGCCGCACGGGAUCCCGCUAGGAAUCGCCUUCUCGGCGUUCACGGCCGCCAGCGCCGCGGGCUCAGCGCUGUUCCGGCGCGGCGCCACCGGGAGGCUCCGGCUGCAGCCGCUGCGGCUCCUGCCCAGCUCCGUGCUGCUGCUGGCGCUGGCCCUCGUGCUGCUGGCCCUGCCGCUGGACGCUGCCGGCGACUUCCUGGCCGUGCUGCUGCUGCAGCUCUCCUGUGGCAUCUACUUCCCGGCCAUGGCGUUCCUGCGGCGCCGGCUGGAGCGCGGCGGGGACGCGGCGGGAGGGGCGCGGUGGCUGCGGCUGCCCCUGGGCCUGGCGGUGGCGCUGGCGCUGCCGGCGGCGCUGGCGCUGCCGGCGCUGCCCGGGGACCCCGCGGGAACGCGCGCCGUGCUCGGGGCCGCCGCCUUGGCGGCGCUGGUGGCGCUGGGGGCGGCCGGGGGCGUCCUGGGCACCAGCCGUGGGGACGAGGGGCUGAGGGUGGGGGACGAGGGGCUGCUCGAGGGGGACACGGGGGAGUGACAGGCGUGCUGGGACAGGGACACUGGGACAGCUCAGCAGCAACACCUGGCUCUGAUGGAGACACUGGGACAGUUUGAGGGGGUCACCAAGGUGUGACAGGAACACUGAGCUGAGACAGGGACACUGGGACGGCUCCAUGGGGACAGAGGCACUGGGACAGCUCGAUAGGGACACCAGGGUGGGACAGGGACACUGGGCUGUGACAGAGACAGGGACAUUGGGACAUAUCCAUGGGGACACUGGGGUGGUCCAGGGACACUGGGACAGCUCCAUGGGGACACCAGGGUGGUCCAGGGACAUUGGGACAGCUCCAUGGGGACACUGGAGUGGGACAGGGACACUAGGACAGCUCCAUGGGGAUAGGGACGCUGGGACAGCUCAAUGGGGACACUAGGGUGGGACAGGGACACUGGGCUGUGACAGAGACAGGGACAUUGGGACAUAUCCAUGGGGAUAGGGGCACUGGGACACCUCGAUGGGGACACUGGGGUGGGAUAGAGACAGUGACAUUGGGACAGCUCCAGGGGGACACCGGGGUGGGACAGGGACAUAGGGGUGUAAUGCUGGGGUGUGACAGGGACAGCAGGACAGCUCAGUGGGGACACCAAGGUGUGACAGGGACACUGAGAUAUGAGAAGGGCAGAGACACUGGGAUGUCACAGUGACAGGAGCACCGGGACAGCUCAAUGGGGACACCAGGGACACAGGGACAGCUUGAUGGAGCACUGGGAUUUUACGGGGGCAAGGACAGUAACACCUGUCUGGGACAGGAACAUUGGGGCAGCUCAACAGGGACACCAGAAUGUGACAGGGUCAGGGACACGGAACAAGCCCUUGGGGUCACCAGGCAGGGGUGGGGUCACAGGGAUGUGACCCCCGUGCUGAGCUGUGAGUGACAGAAACUCCCCAUGGGGACACUGAGCGGUGAGGGGUCACAGUGUCACCCCACAGUGGACUGUGGGUGGCUGGGACACCCCUUGACGACACUGAACUGCAGUGGCUCACAGUGCCACCCCAUGAUGGACUUUGGGUGACAGUGACACUGGGACACUCCGAUCGUGAUAAGGAACUGUGACAGGUCACGGUGUCACCCCCAUGGCUGAGCUGUGGGUAACAGUGACGCUGGCACACCCCACUGGUGAUAUUAAGCUGUGACAGGUCACAGUGUCACCUCCAUAAUGAAAUGUAGGUGACAGUGACACUGGGACACCCCGAUGGUGACACAGAGCUCUGCUGGUGACCCAUUACCAAUGCCAUCCCAAUGAGCUCUGGGUGGCAACAUGGGGACAGCCCGAGGUGACACUGAGCUGGGACAGAUCACGGUGUCACCCCCAUAACGAGGGGAUGGGGACACUGGUGCACCCCCAGGUAACCCCUGGGCUGUGACAGUCACAGUGCCACCUCCCCCACAGCACAGCAGAGGGGACCUGGGGACACCAGACCAGCUGUGGCCUGUGACCAGCCCUGUGUGCUGGCAUGGGGGUGGGGGCGUAUUAAUAACUUAAUUAAUUUCUAAUAAACCCACCCAGUAGAAGUGUU